AUGUUUACUAGAACUUUUUCUCAAUCUACUAAAACUGCUUUCCAAAAAGCUGCCAUUAAAAAAUCAAUUCCAAGACCAACUACUCCUGGUAAAAUAAUUGUCAAUAAAUGGCAACCAAGUAAUGGCAAUUCAUUCAGAUCAUUUGCUGAAUAUCGUAUUAAAGUAACUAAUCAAUCACCAUUGGCUAUUGCUGCUAAAAAUCAACUUGCCAAAUAA